UUCAGAAACAUACAGCAGUUUAUGCCGCGAAAACAUUUAGGUUCAAUUUAAUAAUCGUUCAUAUCUUAAGCUUAUAAUAUUCUGGAAGUAUGACAAGAGGUGGAUGUCACCGACAAGACUGAACGGAAGAAGGGAGUCGUGAGAGUCGUUUGCUGUCAUACUGAACGGCGGAAAUCUUUGCAUCUGUUGAACACGCUUCAUAUUUCUGUUUGUUUAAGAUAUCAGAUAAUGGCUGCUUUUUCCGAGACAGAAGUGCAGUUUUGGACGACCAAAGCAGUGAGCUGGGGUGAAAAUACAUCAUGUUUGACCCUUCUGGACACAAGCAGACACCUUAAUGGUCUGAGAAGCUUUCUCCAGAAACUUCUGCAGGGGCUGCAGCAAAUGAGCUCCACUAGCGAGGCAAUGAGGACGUUUCCCUUUGUUGGCCAGCUCCUGGGAAGACUUUGCUGGAACCCAUGUGUUAUUGUGGACGAGAGGAGCCAGAGACUCCUGCUGCGCUGUUUGAACUGUCUGUACAGUGCUGAGCCUCUGAGCGCCGUUGAAAGGAAAGCCAACAUGUGGAUCAAGAAUCUAUUGUGUCAUCUAAUAUCAGAAGAGGAGGGCAGUGUAGCUCAUGCUACGGUGAAACAUGCUGGAAUAAGCCCUGAACGAUACCACAUGGAUGCCCUUGAGAAGGUGGUUUCAUUAAUGACAGAGGAGGUCAUUAAAAGCUGUGAUGGUUCGCCAAACUCAUCUGCAAGGUGUUCAAAUGGCAACAUCAACACCAUGUCAACAGCGUGCAUUCCCCUGGUCACGUGUUGUCAGGCGGCACCUCUUAUUGGUGCUCUGUUAAAGCAUUCAAUAAUCUGUGCUACUUCAUGUGUGGAUGAAGAGUUCAUUGAGGAAGUCAGUAAGGCUUGGGUCAGUAAAAGGCUUGUGAUGGAGGAAGAAGCAGUGGUGGCCCUAUAUUGUCAUAACCCCGUCUGCCUAGAGGGGGCAGCAUUGAGCUUAUUGGAAUCUGUAUUGUGUGACCCUAAAACAGUGUCACUGAGUCUGGACAAGUGUGUUAAUGAGUUAUUACUGCCACAAGCAUCGGCUCUUCACUGCCACAUCUUUCUGACAGUCAAUGAGAUUUACAGGAAUGUGUUGAUGGAGAUUGAUGAGAACAUUGCUUUAAGAGCACUCAUACAGGUUUAUACAAACUGCUUCCUCCAGAGACUUACUUCUCUCAAACCACAGGAUGGACCUCCACUCAGUGCCUUCUUUCCAAACUUGCCACCCAGUUUACUCUGCCCUUUACUGACCGCACCAUCAGAUGUUCCCCGGACGGCCUGGUUGGAUCAUCUAAGCUGGAUAAGAAGAUCUCUUCAACGUGUUGUCGAGAGCGAGAAGGAGGAUAGGGAUGCGAGGGCAUAUCAGGCCGUGUUUGAUGCUUGGUUUUUGCUAGUGCAGUGUGGGUUCUGGGUGGACACAGCUGCUGAGCUCCUAGUUUUGUUAGAGUCCGAGAACUCUGAAGCACUUCUCUGGCUACUGACGUUUUUCCACCACCCCACCAACAGAGGGCACCAGAGGUCCCAGCAAACCGUGGUGGCAAAAGAAGCCUGGGUUCACAUAAGGAUGCUGUUUUAUGCCCGUCCACCCCUUCCCAGACACCUUUGUGCCGUGAAAGAUCUCCUUUCCUCCUGCCUUUCCAGAAACCUCGUCUUACAUCUGUUUUUAAACUUUGCUGUGUUUUCCCAUGGACCUGUUAGCUUUACCACAGAAAUAAUUGACAAGGUGCUGAUUGACGCUGGUGUGAAGCAGAGGGCACUGUGGAUUCUCUCUGCAAUAGACUGCAGACUAAACAGAACGGCCGUCUCACUGGAGGCCAGAGUUCAGUCCAGGCUGAAGACGCUUCGGGAGACCCUUCUGGCACCCUGCGCCGAGACCCUCCCGUAGGAACUCCCAGUUUCAGGUGCUCAGUGAAACUAUUUAUUGGGAGAAGGAUUCCUGGCGUGGCUCUGUUAUACGUACCAAAACGCUACGUGGGACAACAUGGCAUUUAUAAGAGAAGCCCAGCUGCGGUUUUAUUUUAAAAGCUGUGGGUGUUCUCAGCUUAAACCCGAGAGGGGCCUGCAGACUUGUCUGAGCCAAAUAAAAGGAACGCAUACGUAUAUGUUUACAUCUGUGUGUUCGGUUGACAUCACAAAUCUUUUAGAGCUAAAUAUUCAAAGUCUGUCAGAUUUGAGCUCGUAUUUUAUAAGUGUUAGGACUCUGUGACUUUUGUUGUCUGACUGCUCAGCUUUGUCUCGGUAGCACGCCGUUUGUCUUCGCUCAAUGUCCUCCCACACACGCGUUUGACGGAAGACCAUGCCUGAAUCCCUCUCACCACAUGAAUGCUCACAUCUGUGUGUCUAUUCCCAGGGAGAAGGGCCUCUUGAAUAGUUUAGUCUCUGUGUACUGUACUUUCUAGACUCCAUCAUCGGUAGUGGGUCUUUUUCUCUAUCCCACCACCCAUUCUCAAGCAGUUCAUUACUCAAAACUGGGUCAUACUGAAUUUACUGCC